AUGAGCAGAGACCGAACAAACGCUUUGCGGGUUCCUAACGAUAUUGGCUAUGGAAACCAAUUCAAUAGUCAAGGUGGGUAUCCACCACAAGGAGGCAAUCAAUAUGGACAAUAUAACAACCAAGGAUAUGGUGGUGGUGGAAUGAAUAAUCAAGGAUAUUCACAACCAGAUGUUGAGAUGACACCAGUUAAUCAAACUGUAAAUUCAUUUUUCGACGAGGUCUCUUCAAUCCAAGAAGCGAUUCGUCAAAUGCAGGCCAAUGUUAAUGCAAUCGAGGAAUUACACGGGAGAUCUCUAGCCACGAUAAAUGAAGACGCUUCAAUUAAAGAUCAACUCGAGAAUCUGACAAUACAAACACGAAACCUCGGGCAACAGGUGAAAAAUAAGAUUCGAACCAUAGAGGCGAUGAACAUCAAAUUGCCACCAAAUACCGGUGAUCUUGACGUACGGAGAGCGCAGGUCGCCAACUUACGAAAAAAAUUCCUAGACACAUUACAAAAUUAUCAACAAACGGAAUAUCAAAAUCGUCAAAAAUAUAGGCAACGAAUGGAACGACAAUACAAAAUUGUCAAGCCCAGCGCGACUCAAGAUGAAAUUGAUCAAGCUUUAGAUAAUGAUGAAGGCGGUCAAAUAUUUGCGCAAUCGUUGAUGCAGUCUACUCGUUAUGGUGCAGCCCGUGAAGCACUUCGGGAAGUGCAAGAACGUCAUGAUGAAAUAAAAAAGAUUGAGAAAACUAUCGAAGAACUUGCAAAUCUUUUCCAAGAGAUGCAAAUUAUGGUCGAAGUUCAAGAUCAACAAAUUGAGCAAAUUGAGAAUCAUGCAAAUCAGAUAACUACGGAUAUGGAACAGGGAGUUACUCAUGUGGAAACAGCCUUGAAUCAUGCAAGAUCUGCACGAAGAAAUGAUGGAUUGAAGGAGGAAAUGUAG